AUGACAAUAUGUGGAUGCAAAAGCUCUAAAGCUGCUAAAGAGGCACCGUCCGUUGCUGCCCCGGUCAUUGAAGAGACGCAUGUGGUGGCGGUUGUGCUUCAGCCGGAAGUUGGCGAUGCUUUGGGCCAGACCAUUGGAGUUUCACAAUCUGGGUUGGACAAGCGUCAUUCGACGGUGAAACGAGUCUUUUCUCUGCGUUCAGCAACCCCCUCAGACUUGGAAAGUCGGAAUCUUAGUGCUAGAGAAUCGGGAGAUAACAUCGUUUUGACAUCAUCGCCGUCGGGAGAACAGGGCACGAAGUCGGCUGAACAGAUAACGGAACCGGUUCAGUCGCCAGCGCCACCGGUUGAGCUCGUAACGCAGCCCAUUGCGUCGGGGGCGACGGCUUCUGAGCAGGUACCGAAAGCCGUGGAUAUUGAUGCGACUCUAUUGAAGCAAGAUUCACCUACCGUUAUGGACAGCACAGCGAGCAUGCAGGGUUCGCCCGCCCCCGCAACCUCUCGGUCAGGCUCAAUAGAUCCGAAGCGGGAAGCCGAGCCACCCCCUUUCCCCGCAGAGAACGCUGAGAUGCCUAUUCAGGAAACUCCAGUUGUCCAGAUCCGGCAAGCGGAGACUUUGAAAGAAGAUCCACUCCAAUCGGCGGCCGAAAAUCUGGAUUCUCCUGAUGCUAAGAUAGGUGUGAUGCUCCGGCCAGAUCAGGCGAGUGUCCCGAUCGCCUUGGUUAGCGAAGUGCUUCCACAACCAUUGGCCUCAGCACAGUCGCUCCCAUCGAUGCGCAUGAAUUUCCUGAAGAAGUGGUUUGACGUGCUCCAGUUAUGCGCUGAUGACGUGAAAACCUGGAUCAAAACGGAAGCCUUACUGAAGGCGCACAUCCUUGCUAGGUUGGUGCGGAUUGAUUGUGAACGUGCCCAAGCUGUUCUAGAAGGGUCCGACAAGAAAUUCAAUGAAAUCGGGGCGUCCACGUCGUGUAUCCUCCCUGUGGAUGGUAACCUUCCAUUCCUUGAGACAGUGAUUCCCGCCGAGGUUUUGGUGGAGAUCGGCGGUGGUGCAGACAUACUGCUUGAUGUGAAGCAGAACAGCUCGCCCGCGGAACUGGAGCGUUUGUUGGCUUCGGCUAAGUCGCUAGUGGAUUUUUGUCAGUCGUCGGAGCUGCGAGACUUGCAAGAGCGGUGGAACUGCUUUGGCGACGUCAUAAGUGUGUUCGACCUCGCCCAGCGGGUGUCCUUCGACCUUCACCCAUUGUCGUUGAUGCGACAGCCGACGGUGGACAAGUGGAAUGCUGUGAUCGGCGAGUACGGGGCUACGAUCACGGACGACGCAUUGCGCGUUCAGUCUGCGCCCGCAUCUGCGCCUGCGGUGGAUGUGAAGAAGAAGGGGUUCAGACGCAGCAUGAGCAGGAGCGUUAAAAAAAUGGGGCAAAAGAUCAAGUAUCGCCGGAAACACGGCGAGACGGCCAACGGCAAGCCGGAUGAACCCUGGGUCGCGGACGAGAAGCCGCAGCUGUCUCUGGCGUACAAGAUGCACUCCGACGGGAAUGUCAGUGUCAAAGUGCGGUGCAAGUUGCCGAUCUCGUUCAUCAAAAUGGUGCUCGUGCUCGACGACGUCGCUGCUUUCAAAAAUUGGCUGCCAUACUGCUCCGAGGUGAAUUUGCUGAAAAAGUUCGGCACCGCGUCCUAUCUGCUGAGCUACAUCGCGGAUAUGCCGUGGCCCAUUCGCAAGCGCGAGACACUCGCCUACUGUGAAGGUAUCGACGCGCUGGACGAAAUUGGGCAGAUCAUAGUGCUGGUCAAGAACCCGCCCCUCACCGCUGGGAAGGCCACGGUUUUCGAACUUCCCCUUCCUGAACCGCUCCCCAAAAUUCCGCGAAUCCCCAAGUGCGCAAUGGCGUUUUUCAUUCACCCGCUGGAGAAAGAAGUCACGGGCGUGGAGCUCUUUGCCAAGCUGGACCCAGGAAUGAGCAUGAGUAUCCUAAAGGGAAUCAUACCAUGGCUCGUGAAGAACUGCGUGGUCGACUUCAUGGUCAAAAUUGCUAAGAUGGCGAAUGACACGGACGUGGAAGCAGUCAUUCACUCGGACCGCAACCCGGAGUUUUAUCAGAUGUUGAAAGGGCGAGGUCUUGGUUACCUCAGCAGUCUGGAGCCCCAGCCAGACAAUCAGCCGUUGACGGAGAAGCAGCGUCGUGCUUUGGGCUUUGAUGACAACGACGUUUUGUGGCAUGAGAAGCUGCCUGUCCUCAAACUUUAA